UAGACUUUUCCUAUUGGCCGUUGCGAUUCAUCUUCCGUCACCCGACAGCUCUUACAGCGGAUCGACGACAGUUUUCAGCUAGUCUGUAUAUCGGUCUCUCUGGUGACUGCACCUAAACCCAAACUUAUUACAACGGAAUAUUUUUGCAGUAUUAAGGCACCUGAGGUGUCAGGAUGGUGUUGACCUUAGUGAUGACUACUGGGUGGACUUCCUGGGAAGCACACAAACCUCCCACACAACACCACAAAACAAUACAUCGCAGUCCUCAACCUCCAAUCUGCCAACCUUCCACAUCUGCCUUUCCAGUUCCAGAUGAAAGAACGGCACCUCUGGAUCAACAUCCAAGUUUACCUGCACAAACUGCUGAAGAGAUAGUCACUGUCAUUUACCAGGGAGUUGACAGCCCUCUGUGUCAUCCACUGAAGGAGGAACAUGAAAUAAAGGAGGAAUACGAAAUAAAGGCGGAACACACAGGAAAUCUAUUUGACCAAUGUCCUGAAAAUAAGCAGAUUGUGUGCAAGAUCUGUCAAAACCAGUUUAAGAAUUUGCUAAUACACUUGAAGAAAUCUAAAGCAUGCCAAACUCAUUACGACAUGGAUUCUUUACAAAAACAAGCAAAGGUGAAACGAAAAUCAAAACAUACUGAAGCUCAGGCUUCUUACAGACGAAGGCAAUUACUGGAAGAUCCAAUCACAUUUAGACAAAAACACGCUUUGGAGCAGGCCGCUUCCAGACUAAGAAACAUGGAAAAAGAUCCCAUUGGAACUAGAGCUAAACAUGCCAGAGUGCAGGCAGCUACCAGACAAAAACAUCUGGAAAAAGAUCCCAUUGGAUUUAGAGCCAAACAUGCCAGAGUGCAGGCAGCUACCAGACAAAAACAUCUGGAAAAAGAUCCCAUUGGAUUUAGAGCCAAACAUGCCAGAGUGCAGGCAGCUACCAGACAAAAACAUCUGGAAAAAGAUCCCAUUGGAUUUAGAGCCAAACAUGCCAGAGUGCAGGCAGCUACCAGACAAAAAAUUCUAGAAAAAGAUCCCAUUGGAACAAGCGCAAAUCAUGCUACAGUGCAGGAAGCUACCGAACAAACAAAUACUAGGCUCCAGGAGAGCCAGAACAAACCAACAGAGGCUUUUAAGACUGAACAAGAGGAGGUACCGUGCAACCUCCUCACUGACCUGCUUUGCAAUGAUGAAAAUGACCCGACCCAGUUCACCUUCUCCUGUGAGGUUGGUGAAGGCCACUCAUCGAAUGGAGAUGGAGCCAGGUCUCCAGAAAGAAACUCUUUCCCUGACUCAUCUAAACAGCACCCAUCAUUCAUCUGCACUGCCCCCAAAUUCGACCUCAGUCCUCUUGAGAACACAACAACAGUUUUUCUGACAGGAGCAGACUACCCAGGUGAAGAAGGAUCAGUCCAGGUGCCAAUAACAGUGGAGGUAAAGACAGAAGCAGAUGAACAAACACCAAAUACAGCUAGUCCCACCAGUAGCCUCUUGAACAUGCCUUCCCCAAGUCCUGAGUGGUUCACCAUUGAGGACAGCGAUUUGAAGCCCCCAGUUGAUGCAGCUCUGCAAAGGGCAGCAGAGCAACAGAACCUGAACAGACUCCAGGAGAACAAGAACAAACCAACAGAGGCUGUAAAGACUGAACAAGUGGAGGCACCGUGCAGUACUUACAGCCUCCUCCUCAGCCCUCUUCCACAAGCUGCACCAGCAACAUUAGUAGUAGUACCCAGUAGUAGUAUUCAGCUAGGGUGCCCAGUGUUUGGAACAACACCAGGCAACCCAGUUCUCUUUAAGUGGUAAAGACUCCCAUAGUGGGGCCCACAGCACAGCCUGCACACAGUGAGUGAAACUGUUAACUGGGAGCUGGAACUAGACUUAGUUUUUAUAUAUCUGGGGAGGAGAGAGACCAGACAUUCCCCUAGGCUCUAUACAGGAGAAUGUAUCUUCAUCACCAGGCCUUUUUUGUUUUGUUUUUUUUGUUUGUUUGUCUUCUCACUUUGUUAUUCUCUGUACAUGUCAGUGGAGUUUUUUGGUACAGGUUCAUGCGCAUUUAUACCUCAAUUUACACAGGUCAUGUCAGGUUUGGGUCAUAUGACUAAUAUGUUAUUAAUACUAAGUAUUAAAGUGAAGGUAUCAUAUAGUAAGGUUUAUAUUGGGUUUUAGAUGCAAACUGAUACAGAAUGAACAAUAUAUUGAUGCAUGUAAAUAUUUAAAUGGGCCUUUCUUGUAUAUAUUGGCAUGAGCUUUAUCCCCGACUGUUUUGUUCCUAUACAGCCAAAUGCAUUCAAAAAUGUUCAAGUUCAUGUGAAUGAUGACUGACCGUUAGCAGUAUGAUUGGCUGCGGUGCCUUACACCUAAAACUGAGGGAUGAUGUCCCUUUUUGUUUUUAUAUAAAAACUUCUCAAUAGUAGUGCAAUAUAUUCCUUAACCUUUAAACAUGUGUUUUUCAUAAGUACUACUUUUCAGUCUUUUGUUGCAUACAAAAACUUUUAUUACCUUCACCAAGGAGUUUAUGUUUUCCCCUGUGUCUGUCUUUCUGUUUGGUUUGUUUGUUUGUUUGUUUGCACUUAGUGGAGGGUUGAUGCAUGGGCCAAGGAAGAACCCAUUAAAUUCUGAUACAGAUCCGGUUAAAGGACCAGAUUCAGGAAUUUUUUUUAUAACUUUAUGAAAGGUACGACAUUUUCCCCCAUUUCCAUCCAUUCCUCAGGUAAUAUAUGGAUCUUGAUGUAAAAAAAAAGAUCGGACAUAUUUAUGGUGUUGACAUCUGAAUUUGUACUAUUUGGUUCAGAUCCAGAUAAUAAUCCGGAUCUGGUGGAAAUAAAAAAUGCUGAAUCUGUAUUACAGAGUUGUACUUAUUAAUACUAAGUAACAUUGCAUACGGCACCUGCAGCAUUUAGGAAUGAAUCAGUAUUUAAUUUAACAUACAACUAAAUAAUAAUAAAAUAAUAAAUAAUAAUAAUAAAAGUUCACAAUAACAAUAGCGGUGGCAACAUAGUACUGAGACAAUUCAUACAAGAUGUAGAGCUGUAUGAAUUUUAGAAGGCUGACGUCAUUAUUUCAUGGCUUAUGGAAGCACUUUAAUAAAACAAUUAUUGUUAAUGUUAUUAGUAACGCCUACACUUUUCCUGCUAUGACUAAGGAUUUCUCAGUAUUUGAAUCUGAUCAGUCAUUGUUAUGUGAUUGUUAGGCCACUAUCUGAUCAAACUAGAACAAACCAGAUCCACAUGGUCCUGAUGAAGCAUAUUAGCUGAGUUUUUGAGAGUUGAACAUCAUUUUUUGUUUUUCCAAACUUUAACCUGAUUAUUGGCUCGGCCAACCACAGCCCAGCGCUACAUCCGAUAAUGUCUGCGACCAACUGGUGAUGAAGUUACACCACUGGUCAUCCGGCCAAAUGUUGGCCUUUUCUUAUUGGCCAUUGCUCAUUCAAAAUGAUUUGGCACAAACAGUUUCUAUUACAUCAUCGUGGAGCAUUUACAGUGUAUCCAUAACAGUUUUCAAGUACUUUCUCAGGGGGUGAUUCCUCUCAUCACUGUACCUAACCCCAAAUAUGUCACAACGGUACACCUGGCCUUCAACAGUUAAAACAUACAUUACUGCUAUUUCAUCCUGGCACGAGGGCUUCAGUGACAGAUCAGUGUUUAGCCACCCUCUGAUGAAACAUUUCCUAAAAUGACGCACGGAGACACAAGCCAGUGUCAUGCUCCCUCACCACUUACUGGGAUCUAGCACUGGUUUCACACGAGCCAGUUAAAGCCUCCUUUGAACCUCUGGAUCUGGUUUCGCUUAACUUGUGUAAUUUAUGGUUAUGUUACUUAAAAUGGCCCUGCUUGUAGUGUAUUGUGGAACCCCUGCUGAAUAAACUCAGUCUGCUGCAUAAAUCUAAAGGUGC